AUGGGUCAGCAUCAUUUGAACUGGCUUUCACUCAUGUGCAUGGAAAAUGACAUCCUAUUCCUGAAGACCAUUGACUUCAAGCCAAUAAUAAAGCAAUUCUCUGAAAAAAAUGCCACAAAUGCUUGUUAUAAUAAAGUAGCAAAGGGUAAAAACAGAUGUGAUAAGGAGAUUUCUGAUAGUCAAGAAAGAGCUUAUUGGCGACUACACAAACCACCGCCUGGCCAAGUGAAGUACUUUGAUGAAUGUUCCAAGCGUAACUUUUCACCUUCACAAAUAACUAACAGGCAAAAGAAUAUAGAAUUCUUACGUCGACGGGUGGAUUAUCUAUCUGCUGCCCUUGACAGGCCAAGAUUACGUACAUCUAAAGUGAUAGAUAAUUAUGUGAGUCGUGUACAACAGUAUCAUGACUUUGAUCCAUUCCUCUAUCAACCCCAACCAUCUAACCCCUGGAUUUCAGAUGAUACAACCAUCUGGACAGCAAAUGCUAAUUGUGAUCAACCAACUGAGAAACGUGUAAAAAUGUGGAGCUUCAGCUUACACGAAUUGCUCUCUGACAAAGCUGGUCUGCGUUGUUUUGAAUCUUUUCUCAAGAAAGAGUUUAGCCAUGAAAACAUCCGCUUCUGGCUGAGUUGCAAGGAACUCAAAUCAUGCCCACAGUCUCAGGUGCCACAAAAAGUUGAUGGUAUCUUCAAAGAAUUUUUAGCACCAGGAGCACCUUGUGAAAUCAACAUUGAUUGCAAAACAAUGGAAGAAGUUCAACAGAAUCUCAAAAAGAAGCUUUCUAGGUAUACAUUUGAACCAGCAGAAUCUCACAUCUACACACUAAUGAAAAAAGAUAGUUAUGCUCGCUUUUUACGUUCCGAGGAGUAUAAACACCUUCUGGCAACUGCAGUUCAACCCACUGGCAAAAAAAAAUUUUUCUCCUUCACCACUAACAAAAAGAGGACCCCAACUCCAAGCCCGCGGUUGAAGCGUAGAGGCAGUACCUCGAGCGAUCACUCAGAAUUAGGCAUUGGGACCCCAGGGACCCCCUGUCAUUCCUACAGUACAGGAAAUCUUAAAGAACUGGGAGAGAAUACUGCAGCAUACAAGUAA